AUGAAUCAUAUUAAAAAAUAUCAAUAUAAUAAUAAAGUCUUAUUAUCAUUCAUUAUUAUAUUCAGUUUAUUGAUAUGUACUGCACUUCAUUUCACUUAUUGGAAUGUGGAUUUUACAAUUUAUUCACUAACUACAAUGAAAUCCAUGGAAAAUAAAAUUCACAUUGUGAUCUUAUAUGAUAGUGAUCGAGAUCUACAAUAUUUGAAAAGUCUUCUGAAAUCUAUAUUUUAUCAUCAAAAUGGAAGAUUUCGAUGUGAUUUAAAAGCUUGUUGUCUAUCAAACUUUUGUGAUCGAUUUAUGAAUGAUUGUCAAACAGUUAUGAACAGUGUAUCAACAACAUAUACAACUGUAUUUCAUUUCUUAAUAACGUCGAUUUCAUCAAAUAGUCAGUUGUUGAAUUUGAUGAAUACAUGGAAAUUGCGUAAUAUGGAAUAUCAUUUUUACAAUUGCAGUAACUAUUUGGCAAAUCUUCAGUGGAUAAGCUCUAAACAUCCUGCAGGUACUAAACCAUUUUUAAAAUUAAUGCUUACAGAGAUACUACCAACUAAUAUCAAUAAAGUUAUUGUACUUGACAAUGAUAUACUUCUUAACAUAGAUAUUAUUGAAUUAUGGAAUCACUUUGAAAAUUUCAAUGAAAUUCAGAGCAUAGGCAUUGGAUUAGAACAAAAUCCACAUUUUCAAGAUGUUAUGCAAAAAUUAGAAAGUAACUGGGAAGGUUACGGGUAUAAUAAUGGUGUACUAUUAUUCGAUUUGUCUAAAAUACGAUUAACUUUAUGGAAUGAACUAUGGAUAGUUAUAACGAAAAAUGCAUUGGAUACUCAAGGUUACUUGACAACUGGAGAGCAGGAUAUUUUAAACUUAAUAUUAUUCGAAUCCAAAUACAUUCUAUAUGAGAUUCCAUGUGAAUGGAAUAUUCAAUUAAGUGAAGGAAGUGAUGAACAACGAUGUCCUGUAAGUUGGUUAAGUUAUACCGAAUUGAAAAAACGUAAUUAUUCAACAAUUUUUAAACAACCAAAGCUCAUUCAUAUUAAUCAUCUUAUUAAACCAAAUGAUAUAUUACUGAAUGAAAUCCCAGCUGAAUACAUUGAUUACUUGGAUAGUAUCCUUAAACGUAAGUAA